GUUUCCUUUCCUUGUUUUUCUUUUUUGGAUUUGUUUCUAGUUUUGUCUCCUUGCUGAAUGAUGAGAGUAUUUCUACUUGGGAUUUCACCAGGCUUACCAGCUACGCAUUUUGCUUAUGUAAAGAACAUAGAUGCUGGAUUGCCACUGUUCCUAUUCAACUAUUCUGAUAGGAAACUGUAUGGGAUCUUUUUUGCUGCCUGCCCUGGGCAAAUGAAUAUUGACCCUUAUGGAUGGACUGAUGGCUCAGAAAGAACAGCAUAUCCUGCACAGGUUCGAAUUCAGGUUAAGCAGCAGUGUCAACCGUUACUUGAAGGACAGUUCAAACCAGUAAUUGCAGACAAUUACUACAAUGAUAAGCACUUCUACUUUGAGCUAGAUCAUGGUCAAACACAGAGGCUUAUGGCUUUAUUAUCAUUUUCACCUCUCCCUUCAGGUGCCUCAUUCUUGCCAUAUUCUGCAAAGGUCGUACCUACGUAUCAAUACCGUCCUGUACGCAAGAAUAAAGAGGAAACAGACGAGUUUGAGGCAGUAAAAUUUGAGGCUGAUCAAACAUUAUCUGAAUCUAGUUCAAUAAGUGAUAAAAGGGACGUAGACGAGGAGUUUACACCACUUGCUUCAGAAAUUAAGAACCACAAUCCUAGUGGAAACCCACAUGAUGGGGAUGCCUAUUCCACUUCGGUUAGUGAAAUCCAGCUAAAGGAAGCAAAGGUAGUAGCAGAAGUAGUUGGUGGAAAAGGAGAGGAAGCGCUUAUAUUUGAAAAACUGCGACAAUUGUCUCUAAACUCUGCACCAAAAGAGUCAUCUUCAGAGUCAUCCUUUGAAGUAUCUGGUGCUGCAAACCAUAGCUUGACGCAAGCAUUGGAGGAGCUCAAGACUUUUAGCUCCAAACAAGCUCUGAAAGUGAGCCAGUUGGAGAAGAAGCUGGUGGCAGCUGAUGUAGAAAUUCAACGUCUGAAAGAUCACUGUUUCAAGUUGGAUGGCACUCCUAGUGCUCCCAUCACAAACUUUGGCAAGAUAGCGCAAACUGCACCAGAUGAUCUGCAUUUGGAUCUUGGUGACUCCAUCUAUAUCAUUGGGGGACAUGAUGGUAAAACAUGGUUAUCUUCAUUGGAUCUCUAUCUCCCUUCAACAGGACAGAGAGAAUCUCUGAGUCCUAUGAGUUGUGUACGGGCAUAUGCAUCAGUUGCGGAGUUGUAUGGUAAUCUUUAUGUUAUGGGUGGUGGGGAUGGUAAUUUGUGGUAUGAUACAGUUGAGUCCUACAAUCAAGGCAGUAACCGUUGGACGUCAUCCCCAUCCUUGUCUAAAAAGAAGGGCAGCUUAGCUAGUGCUAGCAUAAGUGACAAAAUAUAUGCAUUUGGGGGUGGCAAUGGACAAGAGUCAUUUUCAGAUGUUGAGAUGCUUGAUUUUGAUGUUGGCCGAUGGAUCCAGGCAAGGUCAAUGUUACAAAAGCGAUUUGCUCUUGCUGCUGUGGAACUCAAUGGUGCGCUGUAUGCUACGGGUGGCUUCGAUGGCAAUGUAUAUCUCAAGUCCUGUGAGAGAUUUGAUCCAAGGGAACAUUCCUGGAUCAGAAUCACGGAUAUGAAUGAAAUCAGGGCCUCUCAUUCUUUAGUUGCCUUGAACGACAAAAUAUAUGCUCUAGGUGGUUCUGACGGUGACAACAUGGUGUCGAGCACUGAAAUGUACGAUCCUCGUAAUGGUUCAUGGAUUAUUCAAGAACCGAUGAAGAAGGCGAGGGCAUACUCUGCUGCCGUAGUUGUGAAAGAAGCCAUAUUUGUAUUUGGAGGAGUGGAAGCGGGUGCAACUAUAACGGACACAGUAGAGUAUUUCAAGGACGGAGAAGGAUGGCAAGAACACAAGACGAGUACCAUCGGGAAGAGAAGCUUUAUGUCCGCGAUGGCUGCUUAGCAUUAUCGUUAGGUGGAGGGGGAAGAUAUGGAGUGGAUGGCAAGAUCGAGGGUUACCAUGGUUGUGAUCAUCUAUCAAUUGUCGAUUUUGGCUUGAUGAUUGGCUUCGGCAAUGCAGUCGAGAUGUGAGCAUGAGCGAUUACGACACUUUUGUGCAUAGUUCUUUUUGUUUACCACGGG